GUAGUUGAAUUGUUAUAAUAUCCGUGCAUUUUUUAGUUCAGUAUUAAUUGACAAUGUUGAACUCAAACAUCUCGUCGUUCACUAUUUAUCCUUAACGCAUCUAAUAAUUCAAAAUUAUAUUUCAGAUAAUUGAAAUAUUUUUGAAGGUGUAAAGGUAAAGAUAAAAUGCCGGCAUCAUCUUCAAAAUCUGAGAAGAAGGCUAAAGUUGACAAGAAGUUCUUAAAGGAGUUAAAGAAAAAAGAAAAGAGAAGGAAAAAAGCAAAGGAUGUGGAAAGAGAGAAAGAAAAGAAGCGAGCUAAAUACAAGUCAGAAAGUUCUAGUUCAAGUGACAGCGAUGGAAGCGAUAUGGAUUUAGACAAGGAGAUUUUUCCUAUAUCCCACUACAUCAAUGACAGGGAUGAAAUGAUAAACCAGGUGUUCAAAACCAUUAAUGGUUCUAAACUAAGAUCUAUGCUCCCUCCUGCCCUUGUGGAUCUUGAUGAAGAUGAUAUAAAGACUAUCUGUCUAGAUCAGUUGAUCGGAAUGAGUAAACGAAGAUUGCAGCAUGUUUUAGCGGGCCAGGAGAUGUUGGAAAGUUCUGGAUCAGAUUCAGACUCCGAGGGUGAAAAUGGUUCAAAACCUGGAGACUCCGAUUCUGGUGAGGAUGCUUUCCAGAGUAUCAUGAAGAACGAAUUAAAAGGCCCGAUGAAGAGAUCUCACAAGAUUGCAUUCGGCAAAAAGAAUGAAGAUCAGUUGCCAGUUAAGAAGGUUAUUUUAUCCACUAGUAAAACCACAGAGCAUGGAAGGAGCAAGAAAGAGGAAAAUGAAAAAGAAGAGGAUACUGAGCAGGGAAGAACUCUGAUGGAGCUGUUAGAGUUGGAAAUGAGAGCACGGGCUAUUAAAGCAUUGUUGAUGAAAGCCGGAAAAGAGGAGGGAGAAGCGGAAACUCUGGCUAUUGAAGAAGCUCUGGACGAGGCAAAGAAAAAGGAACAAGGAAAAGAAGAAAAGAUGGAGAAACUUCCAACAUUGGUAGAAAAAAGAAAUGUUAGGAAGAGAGAUGAUGAUAGUGAUGGAGAAGAAAAGAAUAAAAUAGAGAAGAAUGAGGAAAAUGACGAGAAGAAAGAAAAGGUUGAAACUGUAAAGCCCUCUGACGAUCGAGUGUUCAACAGUGAGAACAAGGCAAUGAACAAAGCAAGAGAGAUGUUAAUGCUCUCUGAAAACAAAAAGCUGAUUCAGGAUGAGAUUAAGUCUAGGAAGGAGCAGGAAGCCCUAUUUAUGUACGAGGAGCAGAUGAGAAAAGAGCAGCUCGAUAAGGAAAGGUUGGAGAAGGAAAUAUUGACCGAGGAGGUUACUAAAAGAAGAAAGGCUCUCAUCGAAAAGGAACAGGAAGAACGAAGAAAAAUUCUUGAGAAAGAGCGUGAAAAAAUGAUUGAAGAUCACAAAAGGAAAGAGGAAAUGAAGAAGAAUAGAGAUAAAGAAAAACUGUUUUCGAAAAUUAGGCAAAUGAAAGAAGCAGAGGAGAAGGAGAAGGAAGAGCUCGAAAACCACCAUAAAACCAAAAUGUCUAGAAAACGCAUAGAGCGUGAGGAUGAAGGGGAAGUUGAAGAUAAGGAUGAAGAAGGCAAGUUGCGAAGAUACAGAAAAAAAGAUGGCGAAACCGCUGGAAUAAGUGAAAAUGAUGAAAUUGAGGAGAGGAAAGAAGAUCAAUCAACAGUAAGAAAACCAUAUCAAAGAGAGAAUGUUUCAGACAAAAAAAGGAAAGACGACGAGAUCAAACUAGGAAAAAUACGACCAAAAAAGAAGGUUGAGGGUGGUAGUGAUGUCGAAGACGGUGAAGUUGAGGAGGUAGAUAGUGAUGUCGAAGAUGAAAUUGACCGUGAGGAUGAUCAUAAGGCUCUUCUUCAAAAGAUGAAGAACUUGAGAAAUAAGAUUAGUAACAAAAUGGUCUCUGAUGAUAGCCCAGCUCUUGAAGCUGCCGCAGAAGUGUCCGGUCGAGGAAGGGCCCGGGCUAGAGGCCGUGGAGGUAAAGGUAGAGGCAGAGGAGAUGGAGAGGAUAAUUCCUGGUCUCUUAAAAAAUACGAUUUUGAGGCUCCUGACAUGGAAGAACAGAUUAAAGAUCAUAAGCCUAACUUUGUUAAAGCACCACGAAGAGUAUUUGAGAAACAUGAUGGAUACUAUUCACACUCGGAUGAGGAAACUGAUCAGAUUCAGAAUGAGGAAAAACAAGAGAUCAUCUCAGAUGGGAAAAGUCAAGAAAUGGAGGAGGAGAAGGGAGAACCAAGUAAAAAAAGGGACAAUUUUAAAAAGGUGACAAGGGAAGAAUGGAACAAGAUGACUCGAAUUGAGAAAAAAAAAUAUCUGAGUGAAAGGAAGAAGAGGAAGAUAAAGGAAACUGUCUAUAUUAAGGAUGACAGUGAUAAUGAACAGCUGAUAUCGAGUGGCAGCGAGGGUGAAAUUGAGUUGGAGCUUUCAUCCUCGGAGGACGAAAAGGAUAAAGAAGAAAGGCUGGCCAAGGUAGCCUUAAAGAGCUAUGCUAAGAGUUUUACGGCUACUGAGCACCCGGAGGACUAUAAGUUGGUGAUGCGGAAAGAUGUUUGGGAUAAAGAGUUAGCCCAGGAUGCUGAUGAAGGUCCCGAGACAUUGGAAGAUAUUGAGCUGAGAGAUAAACGAGAAAAAGUUGAGUCGAAGGAAAAAACUAAACAGGAAAAGAUCAGAGCUGAAAGAUUACGGAGAAUGCAAGCAUUUCAAGCAUCAUCUGUCCUGCGAAGUCAACCAGAUGAAGAAGAUGCAACAGAAGAAGAGGAAGCCGAGAAGGCUCAGUCAGAAGAUGAAAACAAUCCUUUUUAUACAUCAUACAAAGAGGCAAUUGAAGGAGAAGAUAAGGAUAAGGUUGAGGAUCCGCUAAAGGAGGACAGAUUGAAAAGGCAGAAAGAAAUAGAAGAGGAUGAAGCUGCACUGAAAGCAAUGGAAGAAAAACGGGGGGAUGAGAGUAAACAAGCCGUCCAGAUUAAAGCUCGCGAGGAGGCUAUGAAAAGGAAGAUAGCCGAGGUGGCUUUGAUAAAGAGUAGAAAGAGAGGAGAUCCAAAUAACCCAUGUAAAGAGGAGGUAGAUGCGCAACAGGAGUUGGAGCAGCAAACCUGGGAAGACAGAUGGAAGAAUGACGCUAAAAUGAAGGAGGUAUUUACUUCGAGCAAGCUGGUGAGUAAGGCGAAGUUAAAGAUGAAAGUUACCGUGGCAGCCGGAGAAGAAAAGAAAGAAAAAGAGACAAUUCAAGAAUCCACAUCAUCCAAACCUGUAGAUAUUCCAUCUGUGGAGGCGUUGCCAGGACGUAUCGGAAGUGUAGAUGAAUAUGCCAAUAUUCUGGGUAAGAGUGUGAAAGAGCUCACUGAGGAAAAGUUUCAACCUCCAGAAGUCAGCGAUUCUGAGGGUGAAGAAAGUCCAACUGAAGAUGAUGGAGAGGAUCUCUGGGGAAAGAUCAUGGGAGGAUCUGAAAACCAUUAGAUUUCUCGUAUCUAACACUUAUCAUUAAAACUAAGAUUUUUAUUACUAGAGCUGUACAUUUCCAAUGGACAGAAUAAGUCGGACAUGUUCUCCUCUUCUUCCGAUUUCUCACGUUUGAAUAUUCGCCAAGUAUGAGAAAAUGGUUGUAACAGAUCGGGUAAAAAUUGUUUGACUUAUUUUGUUCAUUAAAAAGUUCCUAGCUCGUGUUCAUGAAUUGGCCUAUUCGUAAUGAUUCAUUUUUAAAAUUCUUGGUUUUUCUACCAUUAUCCUUGAUGUGCAAAUACUGAUGACUGCAAGGCAAUGUUGGUUUUAUUUCAAAAUUUAAUGAUGUUCUGUUAUGAAUAUAAAUUGGAUUAUCAUUUUAA